AUGGCUUUGGCUUCUUAUUCAGGCCGUUUUCUGUUUGAUUUUAUCAAUCUGCUUACGGUAAAAAUGCUAAAAUCAGCUCGGUACAAGUUUGACAGAGGCAUUUGUCGGCAAAUUGAGGUUCUACAUGAAUAUCAAUCACCUGGGCCGGGAGCCCAAGCUUGUGAAAAAAGCGAAGCUGUUAUUGAAUCGUCAUCGAAUGAACGGACGUCUAUUGUCAAUUUUGUAAUUGCUGAAUUGGUUAACACCGAGAAGACUUAUGUUCGAGAACUAAGGUCGGUUGUCGAAUAUUACAUAAAGCCGUUUAAAUCGCCAGAAAACACUUCUUUGAUUCCAGCACACUUAAGAGAUCGAAGUGAUAUUGUUUUUGGUAAUAUUCCGGACUUGCUGGAUUUUCAUGACAAGGAUUUACUAACUGAUUUUCUGAAAGCUGCUGAUUCUGUGGUUGAUAUUUGCAACUGUUUCGUGAAUCAUCGGAACCAAUUCUUUCAUUUAUACCACACAUACUGUCAGAACAAGCCACUGAGUGAAGCACUUCGACGUGAACAUGCUGAUAGUUCAAAAUUCUUUGCUGCAAGAUCUAUCUUUACAGCUUGUUUACAGGAUUGUCAAAAACGAGCCGGUCAUCCACUCUCCCUCGGGGCGUAUCUACUGAAGCCAGUUCAACGGAUUACAAAAUAUCAGCUUCUACUAAAAGAAUUACGUCGGCACUGUGCGGAGGAAGUAAGAUUGGAUGUGGAAGCUGCGUUAUCUUCUAUGCUGGAUUUGUUGGCACAACUGAAUGCAGCAAUGCAUCGAUUGCACAUAUCGGGUUUUGCUGGUGAUUUGACUCAUCUUGGUCCUUUGCGACUGCAGACCGAAUGCGAUGUAUUCCCAUUUAAGAAGAAAUCUCGACGUUUAAAUAAAGCUCAAAGGCGAUAUCUCUUCCUCUUUGAUAGGGGAAUACUGUUCUGCAAAAAGCGAGUGCAGCCAGUGUCUUAUGCUCCUGAAUAUUAUGAGCACAAACUCUGUAUACCGACAUGUAGUCUCGGCUUUGCGGAAACAUCAAAAACGUCUCCUUCCCGUUUUGAAAUAUGGGAUGAUACUAAAAGUGAGGCAUAUGCUAUUCAACCCCUUGAAGAGGCAGAUCUUUCCCGGUGGACUCAUCUUUUGCAACGAAUUACCGGUGAGUGCUUGGCUGAAAAGAUAAAACGGACGCAGAGGCCACAGUCUUGGACUUCGACUGUUUCUAACGAUAGCACAGCUUCGGCACGUUCCUCUGGCGGUGAGACGACGACAAGUGUCGAAAGGUACAGUAUUCGUUUGCUUUUAAGCAAUUAUAGACAAAUUAUUUCAAUAGCUGUACGCAACGGCGCGGCGGACCCAAAUGGUAACCACUCUCAAGCGUGUCCGUCCUCCUCGGGAUCUUCAGCGUUUGCCCCAUCUCCAGACGCAUCUUGUUCUCCGUCCAGGCAGCCGUCUAAAUGUGAUCGAAAUGUUAAUGCUAACAACGAUAGUGAUCUCUUGAAGUUGCGGUCCAUGAGCUGUAACGAGGAGUCUAUGGAAUCAAUGGAUACGCAUUUGAAUACGAUAGUGGAAAGCUCAUCACAGAGCGAAUUGUUAGCGGCAAUCUGA